AUCCAACUUUAGAAGACCAGAGCUGAAACACAACCACAUAAGUCAUCAGUAAUUUUAAAUUAUGUUCCAUAAUUUAUUUUUGUAUCUAAUUUAACCUCAUGAAACUUAUAGAAACCCAGCAUAAAACCAUCAAUUUCAUCUUUCACGUCCCCACGCACCGGAGCUAAGUUCGUGGCAGUCAGCAUGUGUGUUAGCGCUCGACCAGAGGUGGCUGCUGGGCUGACCGACACUGACCAUGUGUGUGUAUGUUGUGUGUAUGUAUGUGUGUGUGCGCAGCUCCCUGCAGACUUCAGCAGACUACACCUGGCCGACGGCUUACACCCACAGGUGACCCACGUCUCGUCCAGCCACUCAGGAUGUAGUAUCACCAGUGACUCUGGAAGCAGCAGCCUGUCAGACAUUUACCAGGCCACAGAGAACGAGCCAGGCGACAUGGACCUGAGCGGCCUGCCCGAGACCGCCGUGGACUCCGAGGAGGACGAUGACGAGGAGGACAUCGAGCGAGCCUCCGACCCCCUGAUGAGCCGGGACAUCGUCCGGGACUGCCUGGAGAAGGACCCCAUGGACCGGACGGAUGAUGACAUAGAGCAAUUACUGGAGUUCAUGCAUCAGCUGCCAGCGUUCGCUAACAUGACCAUGUCGGUGAGGAGGGAGCUGUGCGCGGUCAUGGUGUUCGCCGUGGUGGAGCGAGCCGGCACCAUCGUUCUCAAUGAUGGAGAAGAGCUGGACUCAUGGUCGGUGAUCCUGAACGGCUCGGUGGAGGUGACCUACCCUGACAGCCGGACAGAGAUGCUGUGCAUGGGGAACAGCUUCGGUGUGUCUCCAACCAUGGAGAAGGAAUUUAUGAAAGGCGUCAUGAGGACCAAGGUGGACGACUGCCAGUUUGUAUGCAUAGCCCAGCAGGACUACUGCUGCAUCCUCAACCAGGUGGAGAAGAACAUGCAGAAGGUUGAGGAGGAAGGAGAGAUCGUCAUGGUGAAGGAACACCGUGAACUGGAUCGUACUGGCACCAGGAAAGGACAUAUUGUCAUCAAGGGCACGCCUGAGCGUCUCACCAUGCACCUGGUGGAGGAGCACUCAGUGGUGGAUCCUACCUACAUCGAGGACUUCCUGUUGACCUACAGGACCUUCCUCUCCAGCCCCAUGGUCGUGGGAAAGAAGCUCCUGGAGUGGUUUCACGACCCAAGUCUCAGGGACAAGGUUACACGGGUAGUCUUGCUGUGGGUAAACAAUCACUUUAAUGACUUCGAGGGAGACCCUGCCAUGACCCACUUUCUGGAGGAGUUUGAGAGCAAUCUGGAGAAGGAGAAAAUGUGUGGGCACCUCAGACUGUUAAACAUAGCGUGUGCUGCUAAAGCCAAGCCGCGGCUGGUGACGCUGACCAAGCCGUCCAGAGACUCUCCUCUGGCCUUCACCCUCCUCGGAGGUCAAGAGAAAGGUUUCUGCAUCUUCAUUGAUGCCGUGGAGCCAGGGAGCAAGGCAGCAGAGGCCGGACUCAAGCGUGGAGAUCAGAUCUUGGAGGUAAAUGGACAGAAUUUUGAGACUGUCCAGUUCAGCAAAGCCAAUGAGAUUUUAAAGAACAACACCCACUUAUCCAUAACUGUGAAAACAAAUCUUUUAGUGUUUAAGGAGCUGCUGACACGGCCAGAACAUGAGCAUGAGUUGGACGGGGACGAGGAACACGACAGGAAGAACGGUGCGCCUCACCUACCAAAAAUCGGGGACAUUAAGAAGGGGAGCCGUUACUCCAUACCGGACCUGGCUGUGGACGUGGAGCAGGUCAUGGGGCUGGAGAAAGCCAGCAAAAAGGCCAAGAGCAACACAGUGGGAGGCCGCAACAAGCUGAAGAAAAUCUUUGAUAAGACACUCACCAGCAUCCUGCCCCCGAAACCAUACAACGACGUUUGUGUAGGCCAAUCACAGGAUGACAGCAUAGUGGGGAUGAAGCCGUCCAAGCAGAUCCCACCAGCUCUUCCGGUCAGUGGGAACCUGUCGUCGUCGAACCCGGACCUCCUGCAGUCACACCACCGCAUCCUCGACUUCAACAACCAGCCUGAUAUGUCAGACCAAGUGCUGCGAGUAUUCAAGGCGGACCAGCAGUCUCGGUAUAUCAUGAUUGGGAAGGACACAACGGCUAAAGAGGUGGUGGCCCAGGCUAUCAGGGAGUUUGCUCUGACUGCAACGCCGGAGGCUUAUUCACUGUGUGAAGUGUCUGUCACACCUGAGGGCGUCAUUAAGCAGAGGCGCUUACCAGACCAGCUUUCCAAACUAGCUGACAGGAUUCAGCUAAGUGGCAGAUACUACUUGAAGAGCAAUAUGGAGACGGAGACAUUGUGCUCUGAUGAAGACGCGCAGGACCUCCUACGAGAAGGCCAGAUCGCUCUGCUGCAGCUCAGCACGGUGGAGGUGGCCACCCAGCUCUCCAUGAGAGCUUUUGAACUUUUCUGUGCCAUCGAGCCCACCGAAUACAUCGACGACCUGUUCAAGCUGCGCUCCAAGACAGGCUCGGUCAGCCUCAAGCGCUUCGAGGAGUCCAUCAACCAUGAGACCUUCUGGGUGGCAACCGAGGUGGUACGGGAACCCAACCAGCUCAAGCGCAUGAAGAUCAUAAAGCAUUUCAUCAAGAUUGCUCUACAUUGUCGAGAGUGCAAGAACUUCAACUCCAUGUUUGCCAUCAUCAGUGGCUUGAACUUGGCUCCAGUUUCCAGACUAAGGGGAACAUGGGAAAAAUUACCAAGCAAAUAUGAGAAAUUGUUUGGGGACUUGCAGGAUCUCUUCGACCCCUCGAGAAAUAUGGCCAAAUACAGGAAUGUUCUCAACAAUCAGAACCUUCAGCCACCAAUCAUUCCCCUGUUCCCAGUUAUCAAGAAGGACCUCACCUUCCUACACGAAGGCAAUGACUCCAAAGUGGACGGUUUGGUGAACUUUGAGAAGCUUAGGAUGAUUGCCAAAGAAAUCCGUCAUGUCGGCCGCAUGGCUUCUGUCAACAUGGACCCUGCUCUCAUGUUCCGAACCAGGAAGAAGAAAUGGAGAAGUUUAGGGUCUUUAAGUCAGGGCAGCUCCAAUGCAGCAGUGCUCGACGUCAGCCAGACAGGUGGCCACAAGAAGCGGGUUCGACGCAGCUCCUUCCUGAACGCCAAAAAGCUCUACGAAGACGCCCAGAUGGCCAGGAAGGUCAAGCAGUACCUGUCCAACCUAAGUCUGGAAACCAACGAGGAGAGCCUUCAGACCUUUUCCCUACAGUGUGAACCCUCCAUCAGCACAUUGCCCAAGAAUGCUGGUGGGAAGCGACCCGACACUUCCCCGGUGGUGUCCAGAGCAGCCAGUCAGCAGCGGGGCCAGUUAGCUAAAGGAAACCAGGUCCUGCAAGUUCCCACUGUGGCGCUCUACCCGUCCCGGAAAAGAGUGCCGGUCAAGGAUCUGCCACCUUUUGGCACCAGUUCGCCCCAGUCCCUGAAGAAGAUCCUGUCUCUGUCUGAGGAGGGGAACGAAAGGCACCGGAGGCAGCCAGAGGACACCAUGUCCAACGCCUCCUCCCAGCUCUCCUCUCCGCCCACCUCCCCCCAGAGCUCACCAAAGAAGGGUUACGGCAGGUCAGGCGACGCCUACUCAGACUCUGGCCACAGUGAGAUCUCGUCCCGCUCCAGCCUGGUCAGUAACUCGUCCUUCGACAUGGCGCAGGAGGAGCGCAGACUGCGUCACUCUGGAGGAGCUGGCGAAUCCCACAUGGGGGGGCCUCGGCUGGAGAGAAGAGCCACGACCGACCCUGAUCAGUACAGUCUGGGGUCCUACUCUUCGAUGCAGGACUGUCGGGGUAUUUACGCCGGCUGCCCCACCGUCCUCUCCUCGCCCAGCUCAGAGGAACUGACUCAGGAUCAGGGAGAUCGCGUGUCUCUGGACGCUGCAGACAGCGGCCGCGGCUCCUGGACUUCCUGUUCCUCUGGUUCCCAUGACAACAUUCAGAACAUGCAGCAGGGCCGCAGCUGGGAGCUCGGCAUCGGAGGGCUGUCUUCGGCAUCGGAGGCAUUGUUAGGGGGUCCGGCGGCACUGUGGGCGGCGCAGGCCAGGGGCAGCUGGGCAUCGGCCAGCUCCUCCUCAUCCUCAGCCGCCUACUGGGGAGAAGAAUCAGAGGGAGACACAGGGACGAUCAAGAGGAGAGGAGGAAAGGAUGUAAACGCAGACGCAGAGACGAGUAGCAUCACAUCCACCGGGUCGGAGGAGGCCAAGCAGCUCGGCCGGCCGUCUCCAUCACCCAUCACAGCUGGGGGUAAAGCUUUUCUUUCUCGGAAGGAGGGUCGAUACCGGGAGCCCCCCCCAACUCCGCCCGGCUACACCGCCCUGACCCUCUCUGACCUCGCCGAGGGACAGCACCCGCCACCGCCCGUACCCACGACGACGGUAACCCACUCGAGCCGCCGGCCGCCAGACUACACCACGGCUCUGCAGCGCUCGCGGAUGGUGACCCAGUCGCCCGACUCCCACCAGGCCCACCAGGCCGCCAAACACCGGGGGGGCAGCCUCCACCGCACCCGCUCCCCCGCAGACGAGCAAGAACCCGACGACGAAGAGGAGGGUGAGUCCUUGUCUCCCAAACUAGUGGCUCUGAGGAAACCGUUGGCCCGGCACACGCCUGAGGCCCCCAGACCAUGACGGUGUGAGGGGUCAGCAGGCAGGGCCGCCCCCCACAUGGCAGAGGACGAGCAGGUGUCUGCAGUCUGAGGGGCAACAGUGGACAUUGAUUUGUAGGAACUUGAAGCCCCCUGUGCCCCCCUGCCCCUUCAGAUGGGCUGGAUUAAAGAGACAGACCUACAGACUCGUCAACUUGCUACGUACGUGCCUGCCUCCUCCAGUCGCUGGAUUCUUUGCUCCUCGUCUCCCUCCCCUGCCUUAAAGCAUCAUGGGGGGUUUGAUGACCCUGCAUGCAAAAAAAUACUGUGAAGAAGAGACGGAGAGAAGGUCAAAGACAAUGACAAAAUGCCUGGCACUUUGGACAAAUAAAAUAUUACAAUAAAAAAAAAAAAACAAA